AUGAAGAACAACCUCCAACAAUGGCAGCAGCCCAACUCAUUCUCUCUCUCAUCAUCCUCUCAGUUCUCUUUCUCUAUCUCCUCCGCCCUCACCACCCAAACCCUCGUCAACGCAUCCGAAAUCCUUUCAGAUUUUGGCUACACCUCCAUGGCUCUGACCCUCGACCUCGCCUCUCAAACCCUCAUCUCCUCCCAGUCUCAUUCUUUCACCAUCUUCACCCCCACAGAAGACCCCUUCUCUCACUCCGGUUCUUGGAAUGCGCUGAGGUCGAAAGGGUGCUCCGUUAUGGCUUCGCUUCUUGAAAUGCAAUUUCAUGGGCUUUUGUGGAGCGAUUUGGUGAGUUUCAAUGAUGGGCCGGUGUUGAGGACUAAUCUGAUGGGGUUUACAAACAAUAUCACUCGAUCCCAAGACGUGUUGAUGCUCAAUGGUGUGUCGAUCAUUUUGCCGGAAGUGUAUCACAAUGGCUGGCUUUCGGUUCACGGAAUUAGUGAGGUUCUUGAGGUGCCACAUAAAACAGAGCAAGUGACUGUGGCUCCGUUUUGCCAGGGACAAAAGAACCCAGAAGAAAUGCACAUGGGCCUCACUUGUGCAAGUUUGACGACUUCUGUUAAGGCUGGAUGGAAUCUAGGCAAAGUGAGACAAUAUGUGGAGUUUCAUAGGGGAAAGUGA